GUUGCAAUCACUUCACUAACCAAUAGAGAGAAGCUAAGUACUUCACUAACCAAUAGAGAGAAGCUAAGUUCCAAUAGUGAAGUGGCUUAGUGCAUCAACGCAAAAGGAACGAUCCAUCCAGAACAAAGCACAGCCUCUCAACUUCAUUCUCUCUCUCUCUCUCUCCAGAAGAAAAUGGUUGACAACAAUGAAUCACUCUCUGAAUUCCUCGCAUCUGCCGUCGACGCUGCUCAAAAAGCUGGCGACGUUAUUCGCAAAGGAUUUUACCAAAUCAAACAAGUCGAACACAAAGGAUCGGUUGAUCUGGUAACUGAAACUGAUAAAGCAUGCGAGGAACUAAUAUUUAAUCAUCUCAAACAUCUUUAUCCCACUCAUAAGUUCAUUGGGGAGGAAACCACAGCUGCUUUUGGUGUUACGGAGCUUACAGAUGAUCCCACAUGGAUUGUUGAUCCCUUGGAUGGAACUACUAACUUUGUGCACGGAUUCCCCUUCGUUUGCGUCUCCAUUGGUCUUACAAUUGGAAAAGUUCCAACAGUUGGUGUUGUGUACAAUCCAAUAAUUAAUGAGCUUUUUACUGCAGUUCGUGGAAAAGGGGCUUUUUUGAAUGGGAAUCCUAUUAAAGUAUCGUCACAAACUGAAUUGAUGAGCUCUCUUCUUGCAACUGAGGUUGGAACAAAACGAGACAAGGAAACAGUAGACGCCACUACCAAUAGGAUUAAUAGUUUGCUUUUCAAGGUGAGGUCUCUUAGAAUGAGUGGCUCCUGUGCUUUGAAUCUCUGUGGAAUUGCAUGUGGAAGACUGGAUGUAUUCUUUGAAAUUGGAUUUGGUGGUCCAUGGGAUGUGGCUGGUGGAGCUGUCAUUGUUAGAGAAGCUGGAGGCGUUGUGUUUGAUCCGUCUGGUGCAGAUUUUGACAUAACAGCCCAGCGUAUAGCUGCUUCAAACCCUUCUUUGAAGGAUGCACUUGUUGACGUUUUGCGCCAAACAGAGUGAAAAUUGAAAUAAAUUAUUAUUUAUUGAGUAUUUAUAUUUGAUUAGGAGAAAUGUGAUACAAGUCAUUUGCUUUUUCUCAAAUAAUCAAAACUAUAUUUUGGAUAUUAUUUAUUGAGUAGUUUUAUAUGUUUA